AUGGAAUGGGAAAACCAAACUACUUUGGUGGAAUUCAUUUUAAAAGGGCUUUCUGGCUAUCCACAACUUGAGCUACUCUUUUUCGUGCUUAUCUUUUUAAUGUAUGUGGUUAUACUUCUGGGCAAUGGCUCCCUCAUUUUAAUUAGCAUCUUGGAUUCCCACCUUCACACCCCUAUGUACUUCUUCUUGAGAAAUCUCUCCUUCCUGGACAUUUGCUACACCACUACCUCCAUCCCCUCUGCACUGGUCAACUUUCUCUCAGAAAGAAAGUCCAUCUCCUUCUCUGGAUGUGCAGUGCAGAUGUUUCUAGGCUUGGCCAUGGGGACGACAGAAUGUGUUCUCCUGGGCAUGAUGGCCUUUGAUCGGUAUGUGGCUAUCUGCAACCCUCUGCGAUACCCUGUCAUCAUGAGCAAGGAUUCCUAUGUACCCAUGGCAGCUGGGUCUUGGCUUUCGGGGCUUAUGAACUCUGCAGUACAAACUGCCCUAGUGGUACAAUUGCCUUUCUGCAGGAAUAACAUCAUCAACCAUUUCAGUUGUGAGAUAUUGGCUGUCAUGAAACUGGCCUGUGCUGACAUCUCUGGCAAUGAGUUUAUCAUGCUUGUGGCCACGACAUUGUUCAUACUCACGCCUCUCCUCUUGAUUGUUAUCUCUUACUCACUAAUCAUUUCUAGCAUUCUCAAAAUAAGCACUGCGGAAGGUAGAAGCAAAGCCUUCUCCACCUGCUCAGCCCACCUGACUGUAGUCAUAAUAUUCUAUGGGACCAUUCUCUUCAUGUACAUGAAGCCUAAGUCUAAAGAGACACUUGAUUCAGAUGACUUGGAUGCUACUGACAAACUUAUAUCCAUGUUCUAUGGAGUCAUGACUCCCAUGAUGAAUCCUUUAAUCUACAGUCUCAGGAACAAGGAUGUGAAAGAAGCAGUUAAACUUCUGUUUAACAGAAGAUUGUUUAGCAAGUGA